GUAAGACGUCGACCUUAUAAAGCGGGGCCGGGGCCCGACGUGAGGAGGAAGGGGAGCGUUGGCCGGAGGAGGAACUGAGGAGAAGUGCAGUGCAGUGUCCCCCCUCCCUCCCCUCAAGCGUUCAAGAUGGCAAGCCGGACUAUGCAAGCAGCGCGAUGUCCCACAGAUGAAUUGUCAUUGACCAACUGUGCUGUUGUGAAUGAAAAAGAUUUCCAGUCUGGCCAACAUGUGCUCGUCAAAACCAGUCCAAAUCACAAAUUUGUCUUCACGGCGAAAAGUCAUUCCACUGUGCCUCAAGGGAGGAUUGCCUUCAGCCUGCCACAGAGAAAAUGGGUGGGACUCUCCAUUGGUCAGGAUGUGGAAGUGAGCGCCUAUACCUUCGACAAAACAACGCAGUGCAUUGGGACCAUGACGAUUGAGAUUGACUUCCUACAGAAGAAGAGUGUGGAUUCAAACCCAUACGACACUGACAAGAUGGCAGCGGAGUUCAUUCAGCAUUUCAACAGCCAGGCUUUUUCAACUGGUCAGCAGCUUGUGUUUAGUUUUGUUGACAAGCUCUUUGGGUUAAUGGUGAAGGACAUUGAAGCUAUGGACCCAAGCAUACUGAAAGGAGAGCAGGCACCUAUCAAGCAACAGAAGAUCGAGCUAGGACUGGCUGUAGCCAAUUCCCAGGUUAUAUUUGAAAAGGCAGAUAGCUCAUCUCUGACACUGAUCGGCAAAUCUAAAACCAAGCAGGGAAGACAAUCCAUCAUUAAUCCAGACUGGAACUUUGAGAAAAUGGGAAUUGGGGGCCUUGACAGGGAAUUUUCUGAUAUUUUUCGCCGUGCAUUCGCUUCGAGAGUUUUUCCAGUGGAUCUUGUGGAACAGAUGGGUUGCAAGCACGUGAAAGGUAUUCUGCUGUUUGGUCCACCAGGAUGUGGGAAAACCCUCAUGGCUCGACAGAUUGGGAAGAUGCUGAAUGCCCGUGAGCCCAAAGUUGUGAACGGGCCUGAAAUUCUCAAUAAAUAUGUGGGUGAAUCAGAAGCAAACAUUCGUAAGCUCUUUGCAGAUGCAGAGGAAGAGCAGAGGAGGCUUGCGGCAAACAGCGGUCUGCACAUCAUCAUAUUUGAUGAAAUAGAUGCCAUUUGCAAGCAGAGGGGGACCAUGGCAGGCAGCACGGGUGUACACGACACAGUCGUCAAUCAACUGCUUUCCAAGAUAGAUGGAGUGGAACAGCUCAAUAACAUCCUUGUUAUAGGUAUGACAAACCGACCAGACUUGAUUGAUGAUGCUCUUCUGCGACCUGGCCGAUUGGAAGUCAAAAUGGAGAUUGGUUUACCAGAUGAGAAAGGCAGGGUACAAAUUUUGAAUAUUCACACGGCAAGAAUGAAAGAGCACAACCUGUUAGAUAGUGAUGUUAAUAUUGCUGAGCUAGCUCAAGAGACCAAGAAUUUCAGUGGUGCCGAGUUGGAGGGUCUAGUACGAGCUGCCCAGUCAACUGCAAUGAAUCGACACAUAAAGGCGGCAAGCAAAGUGGAAGUUGACAUGGAGAAAGCUGAGAAACUGAAAGUCACAAGGGGAGAUUUCUUGAAUUCUUUGGAGAAUGACAUAAAACCUGCUUUUGGCAUAAACCAGGAGGACUAUGACAGCUAUAUCAUGAAUGGGAUCUAUGUGUGGGGUGAUCCAGUCACACGAGCCCUGGAUGACGGAGAGUUACUUGUCCAGCAAACCAAGAACAGUGACCGCACUCCACUAGUUAGCGUUCUUUUGGAAGGGCCACCGAACAGUGGCAAGACUGCAUUGGCUGCAAAGAUUGCAGAGAAGUCUGGAUUCCCAUUCAUUAAAAUCUGCUCUCCUGAGAAGAUGAUUGGGUUCUCAGAAACGGCAAAAUGCCAAGCCAUAAAGAAGAUUUUUGAGGAUGCAUACAAGUCGCAACUGAGCUGUGUUGUGGUUGAUGACAUUGAGCGCCUGCUAGAUUACGUCCCUAUUGGCCCACGCUUCUCAAACCUAGUACUUCAAGCUCUGCUGGUCCUGUUGAAAAAGCCAUCUCCUCAUGGCCGCAAGUUGUUGAUCAUUGGGACUACCAGUCGUAAAGAUGUUCUCCAGGAGAUGGAGAUGAUGGAUGUUUUCAGCACUACUGUCCAUAUUCCGAACAUUAGCACAGGAGAACAGUUGAUGGAAGCUCUGGAGCUCCUUGGCAGAUUUGAUGAUCGGGAACGAGUUCGGAUCAUACAACAUGUGAAGGAUAAGCCGGUUUGGAUCGGCAUUAAAAAACUGAUGAUGAUCAUUGAAAUGUCGCUGCAGAUGGGACCUGAAUACCGUGUUAACAAGUUUCUGUCUCUCCUGAAAGAACAAGGAAGUGAGCCUCAACGCCGGGACCAUUGGCAAUAAAAACAGGAAAGACCAUUUGGUCAUCACUGUGAAUCACAUCUAAUGAAGAGGCACCAAUUGGUCAUCUAAGAAGAAAGGAAUCUUGAGUCUAAAGACCCUUAGCAUUUUGCAUGCUCCUUGCAAAGAAACUCCUCUUAAAUGUCUUAAAUUAAAACAAAAAAAAUAUAUAUAUAUACAACAUAGACAUCGGCAUUCUUGGUUUUAUUGAUUUUAGUAUUGGACAUGCACCAGGCAUUUUUAAGGAUAUUUUCACUUGUUACGAUGCAGAUCAGGGAUUCCUCUUCACUGCAAUUCAAAUCUUAGACCUUUUAAUGUGAACAUUAAUUUGUUAAAUUGUGCACUUAUAAACUAAUUGACGUUAUCGGAAAGAUGAGCAUUGGAAUUUGCAAUAUGUUGGAUUGGUCUGUACGUGUAUGAUAAAAAUGUAUUGUUUUAUUGGGAUUGAGAGGCAGAAAAUCUCACAACCAGAAUUUGCAUGCAAUUUUAUUCCUAAUGGCUUGGCUGCAAUGGUGCAUCCUUCUGUGUGUAGUAUUGCUGAACUCCCUUUGAUUCUCACAGACUGAAUUUACUUCAGACAGCAUCUGUUUGAUGCUGGUCAGGUUUGACUUUCUAUAGCUAAAAUUCCAGAGAUGGUAUCAGUCUUUCAUCCUUGUGUGUUCUUAACAUGUCUGCAAUAUUGUUUUAAAAUCUAACGAACUUCAAUUUUUCUUCUCAAACUUCUGUCCACAAUUUGAUGGAGCCUACUCUUUUUUUUAAAUGCACAAUAUAAAUCGAAGCAUUAUUUUUGACACACUUAAAUAUUCAAAUGCUUUUGUUAUUGUCGUUCUGCUUGUGUGAUUGCCAUGAAUUGUGACUAUGCUAUUUGGGGCCAUCUGUGAAAUAUUUAAUGCACCUGACCCUUAUUUUUCUGUCGCUCCACUUCCCCCUCACUCCUGCAUUUGUGUGAAUCAGAUUCAGUGCAGAUCUCAAUCACGAGAAUAGAUUCUCUCACCUAUCCAGCAUGUACAGCUGCAGUCUAAGUGGACAGGCCAUAUCAUAAUUGAUGCAACUAUGGAAAUAUAGAGUAAGCUAAUUAGAAUUGUAUUCUAUUUCUGGUUCCCUGUGCACUGCAGGAGCCAUAGGUUGGAAAGAGGAUUCAUUGUUUGAUUUGGGUAAUCAUCACAUUUGUUUUUUGGGUUCCAGAAAUAUUUUUGCAAAACUUUCAUGUGUCAAACUCUUUUUGAAAGAAAACUUGAAGAAUAAUGGAGAGCUUAACUGCAUCUCUCUUGGUUGGCUGAGUGCAAAAGUAGGUACAGCUCCUAAUCAUAACAAAUUUCCUGAUGCAUCAGAUGGCACUGGGAAAUCAGUGUCCAGCCAGGCUUGGUAUAUCCGUACAUCUGCAUCCAAGCACUUUGGAAUGUUAUAGUGCUUUCAGCCCCUUCUGCAACCAUUAUUUUCAGUCACCAAUGAUGAUAUGAUGCAAAUGUUGCUGUGAAGAGAAAUCAAGAUCCAGUAUUUGUGAGUGUGCUUCUGGGCUGCUGGAGGAUAGUUAGGUUGCUGAGUGUCUUCUCACUUUAUCCUUGAUCUAUAGCCCAUAAUCUAGGAGCUGUCAUUUUAUAAUGCUGCAGAUGCUACACAGGUUAAUUAAUAUACUCAAAUUGUAGAUUAUACCAAUAGGUGAGUCACAGUAUUACAUUGUGAACAAGAAACGAUUGGGCCAAGACAUUUUCUUUUAGCAUUUACCAGCAUUCUGUGAUAACCAAUUGAAGUUAUUGUCCAUUUAGCAAGUUUGAAAAUUAUACAAUGGAAGUGAUCAAACUAAAACCUUGAAUGCAGAUAUCUACUGUUAAAUGUUUUGACAUCUUGUUUGGAGAAAUGCAACUUUAUUUCAUGACUAUUUAUUUCUGUGCUGUUUCCAAUCUGUAAGUAUUUAAAAAAACAAACAAUUGUUAUAAAAAAGCUUCUGUGUUGAGGUGAAAUAUUGGUGUAAAUUAAUGAGCAUAAGCAUGGGCAUCGUUUGAUGGUGCUUAAAUAGUCUCAUAGAUCUAUGGCUCAUCCAAUGUCCCAAGUUAUAAUUAAUUCUGUUCUACCGUGAUGUAAAUCUUUUUACAGUGAAAAUGUACUGUUAUUGAAAGCUGUUUAAUGUAGAGUUGAAUGCAGCUGUGAUGCAAUAAAGAUUCAGAUGACA